AUGGAGCACUCCCCCUCUAUGAACUUGUCGGUGGUGGAUGGAGACGAGGUGGAGGACCAGCGCCCCCUCCUCCCACUAAGGAUGGUUCCUCCACCUCAGGCCUGCUCUCCGCAGUGUGGGAUACACCACACAGUCCAAACAUCAGCUGACCACACUGUGUGGCUGGACAGAACCCAAGCCAUGGCCACCUCACCUUUAUACAACGGCCAACUUUAUGUCGCAUCGUCACCUCGCUCCAAUAGGAGAGGAGACAAAGCCAAAGGCAAAGAGAAGAAGUGUGAGAAAAGGUCAGGGGGUAGUAAACAAAACAAGGAGCGAAAUCACCAGUGCAAAGCCAAAAACACAGGAUCUCACAGACUGCAGGAGAAAGUCACCUCUUUCACUGACAUCCCCAUUUCUCCCUGCGGGUCACCCUUCCAGGGCCCCUGCAGGUCAUUUGUAGACGUCCAGGAUGUUGAGGGCAGAGGUCGCUGCAGGCCAGGGAUCGUCUCCUUGGAGAUGCACGACCGCCAGAGUCUCCCAGAGAUCAUCAUCACCAGCAAAGAUGACGACCCUCAGCCACACAACGAGACAUCACAGUAUCAUCAGGACCUGCCUGAGGCCAAAGGCCUGCUGCCGGGAACAGAGUGUCCCAGUCCAAACCCCAGUCCUAGUCCUCAGCCCAGUCCGAAACACAAGAUAGACGGCAAGGACGACAACUACUGGAAGACCCACAGCAUCGGCUGGCGGCUGCUCCGUAGGAGGUCUCUGUUCCUGAGGAGGCAGCGGCUGAGCGACUGCGCCCUGGCAGUGGGGAUAUUCGGGGUGGUGAUGAUGGUGAUGGAGACAGAGCUCUCCUGGAGCGUCUACAGCAAGAGCUCCAUCUACUCCCUCGCACUCAAGUCCAUCAUCAGUUUGUCUACGAUCAUCCUGGUCGGCCUCAUCAUAGCGUACCACUGCUGUGAGGUGCAGCUCUAUGUUCACGACAUUGGUGCAGAGGAUUGGCGGAUUGCCAUGACAACCGAACGUGUGGCUCUGAUAGCCCUGGAGCUGGCGGCGGUGGCCAUCCAUCCCUAUCCGGUGGGUCUGCUGGCGUACUUCCAGCACACCACGUCUCGCUUGUCGCUGUCAGAGACGGAGCUGGAGAUCAUCCUGGCUCUGCCCAUGUUCCUCAGACUCUACCUGCUGGGCCGGGCCAUGAUGCUGCACAGCCGCCUCUUCACUGACACCGCAUCCCGCAGCAUCGGAGCGCUCAACAAGAUACACUUCAACACCCGGUUUGUGGGGAAAACACUAAUGACCAACUACCCCGGCACUGUGCUGAUGAUUUUCAGUGUUUCUCUGUGGAUUGUUGCAGCGUGGGGCUUACACGUUUGUGAGAGACACCACAACUACAGAGACCUCAGCAGCAACUACAUGGAGGCCUUGUGGAUGGUCUCCGUCACCUUUUUGUCCAUUGGUUAUGGGGACGUGGUGCCUCACACCUACUGCGGACGCAGCAUCUGCCUCCUUACUGGUAUAAUGGGAGCAGGCUGCACAGUCCUGGUGGUGGCGGUAGUUGCCAGGAAGCUGGAGUUGACCAGAGCAGAGAAACAUGUUCACAACUUUAUGAUGGACUCCCACAUCUCCAAGAGGAUAAAAAUUGCUGCAGCAAAUGUGCUGAGGGAGACUUGGCUUAUCUACAAACACACUAAGCUGUCAAGAGAAAGAGAUCACACCAGAGUCCGCAUGCACCAGAGGAAGUUACUUCUGGCCAUCCACCAGUUGCGUCGUGUAAAGAUGGAGAAGAGGGUACUUGCAGACCAGGGGAACACACUAGGGGACCUCUGCAAGAUGCAGAACCUGAUGUGUGACGUGCUGUCGGAGGUGCAGGGCUGCAGGGGGGAGCUGGACUCACACAUCCGCUGCCUGGAGAAGCACGUGGAGGAGCUGAGGGAGGGCUUCAAAAGCCUGAUGCCGCUCCUGUCCAGCACCCUGUCCACGCAGAACUCCUCCAUCCGCCACCUGCUCAGGGAGAGGGAGGUGAAGACAGAGGCCGCUAGUGUGAGUGGAGGCGACAGGUAGAGAGAGGCUGAGGAAGGUGAUGGAGAAAGUGAGGGCCUCUUAAGGUGCUCCAGGAGGAUUUAUCUGCUUGUAGUGCAGCUAAAAUGAUUUUUCUUUUCAGGAUUUGGACAGACAGGUGUGAUUAGCGAGGUGAAGGCUGUACAAACGUAAUGUAAAAUUGUAUUAAAAAUA